AUGCGUUCUUUACCAUUCCUUUUCUUCUCGCUCGCUGCUACUGCCUCCAUUGAAAACCGCGACAGCACACCUGUCACGACAGCCACCGACUCACCUUGUGCUGGUGGUAUUGCUCCUAGUCGGACCAUCAAGACUUUGAACAAUGACGUCUGGGGAGUUUGCGAGGCAACCAACUUCGAUGCUGAUAUUACCGUCUUGAAGAAUGGAGUCAAAAGUAUUGAUGCACUGGCACAAGCUUGCUCGCAGCAAUCAGGUUGUAAAUAUGCUACACUCAAGGGCGCCAAAGGUCAUCUGAAAGAGAAGAAAGGAAGUGCCAAAUCUAAUACGCUCUUCACUGCUGUCUACAGAAUGUCCAAGGGGGACACAGGUCCUUGUGCUGGUAACGCUCCCCCAACCGAGACUUUCCAGACCAUUAACGGAGACGUCUGGGGUCUUUGCAAAGAUACAACAUUUGUUGGUAUGGACAUUGGAUCGAAGAAGCCUCUUGCAAGCAUUCAUGAGGUAGCUGAGCUGUGUUCGAAACACACAGGUUGUGCUGCAGCUACACUCAACAAGAACAACAAAGGCCUCCUGAAGUCUGCUGGCACUACUGGUCAAUACAAGCAAGGUUUCGAUUCCUGCUACAAGAUUUCGAGUGCUAACCCCUCCACCUCGUCCACUACUACUACUACAACACAGACCACUGUCCCAACCACAAGAUCAACUGUGUCUUCUGAACCAACUACAACGCUCUCGACGACAACGACAACAACGACAUCGUCCACAACUGAUACGCCUAGCACGACGUCCGCGAGCUCAACAACAACUACUGCAUCGACUACUACAUCCGCAUCAAUUCUAUUCGGCUCAACUUGUGUCAUCCCUAAUUUGAAUUUGGGAGCUCUUUAUCUAGCAGGAUGUGAGAGUGGCAGCCUGUGCGCUGUCAGAAGCGGGCAUGGCAUUACGGGCAGUUGUGCGUCCUGUGUACCAUUUGAUUCCAUCUGUAUGGAUACCGAGGAAUGUUGUGCUGGGUAUACAUGCCAUAACCGCCCAGGAGGCUUUGGGUUUUGUGUAUCACAACCAGACACCACCACCACUACCACCACCACUACCGAUUUUGCUGGAGCCACGAGUAGCUCAAGCACGGAAAGCAUCACUACCACCAGAACAGAAACUGCUCUUAGUACAACCACCACUAUCGUCGAUCAAAGCACCACUUCGAGCACUACUGAUCAGGGCACUACCACAACCAAUAUAGAUCAAACCACUACAUCUACUGUCAUUAUCAUCGACACUACUACAUCUGAUACUUCUUCAACGACCGCGGCAGACCCACAGACAUCGAGCACAACAAUGGAAACGAGCGCGCUUGAAACAACCACUGCUACCACAACCACUUCGCAAUCAUCUGCGACCCUGCAGACAUUCUCGACCACCUCAGACCUGUCCUCGACAACCCAGCAAGAAGAUUUCACGAGUACUAGCUCUACCUCUGCUCCCAGCACGACCAGCCCGUUCGAUGAAAUUACAACGAGUUCUACCUUUACCACCACCACGACCACCUCAUUUGAGGAUAUCCAGACUAUCUCUACCUCUGUUACUAGCACGGCCACCUCGCUCGAGGAAGUUCCAACAAGUUCUACCAUCACCACCAGCACAACGGAGGAACCUAUUGUUACUAGUUCUACCUCUCUGACCACUUCACUUGAGGAAGUUGUCACUAGUUCUACAUCGACUGUUUCUGAGGUAUCUAGCACAACAUUGAGCACUUCGGCUGCUGCAACGACUACUGCCGUACCAGUCUGCGAAGGUGGAGAUUAUUGCUCGGGUCAGGGCGACAAUUGGAUUAAGCAGUGUCAGUACAAUUAUAACGGUGGUGAGAACAUCAUCUUCUGGACCCAGGGCGUUGCAUCACUUGAAGCUUGUAUUGAGUUGUGUGAGACCUAUGACCAGUGCUCUGUGGUGGAUUUCUAUCGUGAGGCAAUAGGAGUUGGGCCCAAUGAGCUCGCUGGAAACUGCUUCCUGUUGUCACAUGAUCAAUACGGUGGAGGCUCUCACUCAGCUAUUGAUGCUGCAUUUAGGUCCGGAUCGUGCCAAUCUACAACGACAACGACGUCAACCGCAACAACUACGACGUCCUCUGAUCAAGUUGUUACUACAACUACCAGUACCGAGUCGAAUAAUCCAGCCAUCGAGACCACCUCAACUAGUACUAUUACCACGACAAGCGACGUUGUAACAACCACCAGUGGUCCAGAGACUAGCAAGACCGCUGAGAUUACAUCGACCUCUACAGCUGAAACUUCGACGUUAACCACUUCUUCGCUCACAACCGUUUCCACAACCUCGUCACCAGAGCCGACGUCGUCGACCACUACAGUCGAUGCAAGUAGUUCGACGUCCUUCGCUGAAUCUACUUCGGUAACGACCACUGCUUUGAACGGAGUCACUUCUACAAGUUCUUCUGAAAAUUCAGAUGCUUCGACCACAUCCACUCUUUUGGAUGUGACCAGCUCGACGACUACUGCGGCAGAUUCAACGAGUACCUUGACCACCAGCGAAAGUGAAUCGACAACCAGCAGCACAGCCAUGUUUCAGAGCACCACAUCUGAAAUGCAAUCGAGUACGACUACCAUGACUUCAGCGCCGGCACCAGAGACCACAACAACACAUACAACUAGUUUCACAACGUCUACUGUGAGUCCAGACGUCCCAACAACAACAGCUUCCUUAGAUACAACCAGCGCCACGAGUUCUACAGCAGCGCUAAUCACCACCACGUCUACGAGCGAGAGUGAACCAAUAGCUAGCAGCACGGCCACCUCUGAGAGCACGACGUCUGAAAUGCAAUCCAGCACGACUACCGCAAGUUCAGUCUUCACCACUACUACCACAUCGGACCUCGAAGGGAUUAUCACGACCACUGCUACUACCUCAGGCAUCGAAGAGGCCACCACAACCAGUAGCAGUGAGCCCCUUAGUAGCAGCACUCAGUCUCAGACAAGUACCGAGCCAACAACUACAACUUCGGAUGUUCUGACGACAAGCACAACCUCGAGCUUGACCACUUCAACAACGGCCCAGAUACAGCCGACGACUGCAGUGACGACAGUCGACACGACCACAUCUGAGAGCACGACGACCAUGCUGUCUUCAACUACUGCCUCGCCUCUUCCAGCCACGACACCGACCACAAGUAGCACUACCACAACCACGACGACAACCACGACGACAACAACAUUACCAGCCAAUUGCCCAACAAGUGUCAAGGGCGCCAAGACCAAGUACAACCAGCUAUACAUGGGCACAGGUCAUCGAGUCGAUUCAUCAUGGACAGAAGCCGACUACACCGACCAAGGCUACCCAGCAGGCAAAACCACCUUCCCCAAGAAGAGGAAGGAGUGCGACGCCAUCGCCCGAUGCGCCGAAUUCACCACGAACUACCAGGCCGAUCCGAGCCACAAGGAGAAAUACUGGUCCUUCGACUUGCACUUCGACAACACUGCUGAUAUGUGGUCAUGCACGGCAUACUUCGACUAUAUCCAAUACGGCGAUUUCCACGCUGACAGCACUGUGGGCGUGGCGUAUGGUUAUGGUCUGGCCACGAAGGCACGAACUGGUGGUAGUACCAUCAACACGGUCAAGAAACGAGUGGUUCGGGAGGAGUAG